CAUAAUUUAAGUUUGCUGAUGACACACGUGGUAGGCCUGAUCACCGACUAUGAGAGAGGAGGUCCGUGAUCUGACAGUGUGGUGCCAGAAAGACAACCUCCACGUCAGCAAGACAAAUGAUUUGAUCAUGGGACAACAGGAAACAGCGUGCCGGGCGCACCCCGAUCCACAUCAACGGGGCUGUAGUGAAGCGUGUCGUGAGCAUCGCUCCUCACAGUAGUGAAGAAAACAUGACCUCUCAAAGCAACUGCUCUCUCUAUCCCUUGAUCGCACAUUCUUCUUAGUAGGAGGCGUGAAAGAAACCAAGACCGGCCAAGUAGCUGCACAAUGGAUUAUGGUCAUUGUAGUUAAUUAUCACAUUUUCUGCAUCACUUAAUUCUUACGUUAACAUGUAGAACAUUGGCCUGUUGGAAACUACAACCCCGUAAUACAUUGCACAGUUUGGGCAUCUAUCUCUAGAGAAAAUGCAGUACAAUGUGCGCAUUGAGCUCACAGGGAGAAGGACAAAAAUUCAGAAAAUGGAAUUUAAAUAAUUGAACCGAAGUCUAUCAAUUAGUUUAAAUACCAAAAUAACCGUUUUGGUUAAUCACUCAGUCCGAGCAACUAUUUUAACUAUUAGUGCUAUCUGCAUGAACCCUCUAUGCACCAACUUUUUGACUCUUCACUUACGCUACUGUUUUAUCUAUCCUGUUGCCUAGUUACUUUACCAAUACCCAUAUCUACCUCCAUGACCUUGUACCCCUGCACAUCGACUCGAUACUGGUACCCCGUGUGUGUCUAGCCACGCUAGUCAUUGUGUGUUUAUUCCUCGUUAUUUUCUUUCUGCAUUGUUGGGAAGGGCCCGUAAAUAAGCAUUUCACUGUUAGUCUACACCGGUUCUUUACGAGUCGUGACAAAUAACAUUUGAUUUGAAUUGUGUUCUGCAUCACAUUAGACUCCUGUUGAGUUCCAGAGGACGGUUCCAAUUAUGAUACUAGACAUUUGAAUUGCGGAAUUGAUAUUUAACUUUUCUAUUUAGAUAUUUUGUAAACAUGACACCAACUCAGAUCCACCAUUUUUGUUUUUAAGAUAGUUUUCAGACCAAAUGUCAACAUGUAUAAGCAAAUUAAAAUGUUAAGAUUUAAGUCUUAUACAAGAUUUUGAUCAUAUGACCAAUAGUAGUCCAUUAAACCAAAUUUUGUUAAAGGCUUCAAACAGAAGCAUAACUUUAUAUUUUGAGUGACACAAUUCAAAUGUUAUUUGAGAAUAUAGCAUUUCUCCUCCUUUCCUGCUUAUUUCCUGUGGAGGUGGUCAACCCUCAUAAGGGAGGGUGAGUGAGAAAGGCUUGAAAAGGGAGUUGGGGGGGGAAAGUGCAUGGAACAUUGUUUGGGGGGGGGGGGGGGGGGGGGGGGUUAUAAAGGAGAACUGGAGGGGGAAAGAAAAGCAGUAUGGACAUUCUGUUUGAAUUAAGGCAGCGCUGUUCUUGGCCUUACAUAGAAAACGGCAGAUAAAAAGAUAAUAUCAUUUGUUGCCGAGUCGGGCCUUCAGAAGAACUGGCCAAACCUCAAGCGAAACCCUAUAAUAUUUCAAAGCCAAUGGUGAAUAGGGAGGUUGUUUCGUGUGAAGCGGCCUGAGGGGGGGCUGUAUUCGGGAGUGGGGUAAUUGGUCAGAUCUGGCAGGUAAGAGGUGGUGUGUGUGUGGGGGGGGAGCUCGCUCGCUCAUGUGGAGAUUUGAUUUUGUGCAAUUCUCCUAGACUUCUCCAUAUAAUGCAGUCCACAAGGUUAUGCAUCUUGAUGGUGAUCCCAAAGCUGAGCCAAUAAUAUGAUGGGUAGGUAUAAACACAGCAACAAACCCAGGAAAACGCAUCCCAGCUCCCACUACUACAAAUCUAUCUAACUUCUGCAGAAUGCUGGCUUUAUAGCCUAAUGAUUUAAAUUAGAAUAAACUAGUGCUUGACAUUUUAAAGGGCCAGGGUCUGUAGGGAAUGAUGGUUUGUAAUUCAGAGACUUAAGUGGUAAGAAAUAAAUGUGUCACUCCUGAUUUUGUUAAUCUAGUGUAAUGUGAGAGUGAAAUGGCCUGUUCUGUGUUGGUCAGGCCUCGGUAAUACUCAAGAGCAGCUUUAGGCUCGCUAGUAGAGACUGGUCUUUGGAGGCCAUGUGGCCCGUUGUCACACUGCCCCUGCCCACAGAAUUUGUAUGGCAUCUGUGACACUAAGGCACAAAUAGGAUAUUUAAAAUCGGCUGGCAUUGAAGCCCGCCAAGCAGGGACUGCCGAGUGGCACAGUAGUCUAAGUCACUGAAUCUCAGUGCUAGAGGCGUCACUACAAACCUUAGGCUGUAUCACAACCGGCUGUGGAUGAGAGUCCCAUAGGGCAGCGCACAAUUGAACCAGCAGCCUUAGUUUGGCCAGGGUAGGCCGUCAUUGUAAGUAAGAAUUUGUUCUUAAAUGACUUGAUUAGUUAAAUAAAUAAAGUUACUUUCUCUGACUUGCUGAGGAGACUUUCAUAUUUUGUUUUCCUCUCAAUAAAAUAGUUUUCUAAUUUUUCCAAGGGUUGGAAAAGAUUUCUGCUCAUAGAAGUGCCAUCAAUGUGUUUUCUCUGUUGCUCCUAAAUCCUGUGGAAUCCACAUUUCUAGAUCUAGCAUAAUAAGAUCCAGAUCCAACUUAUUUAACAAACCUUACUUGUUGUAUUGCCAACUCUUUACCUUCAUUUUUUUGUUUAGAAAAAGAAUGUGUGUUUGGGUGUGUUGAGUCUAUUUUUGUUUGUUUGCAAGAUUUUUCCUUUUUGGUGGAAAGGAGGUCAAUUCCUUCAACACUUUCUUCACCCUGUGGCAUAUGUUUGAAUGACCUCAGAGGCCUGCUUAGGUUUGUUCUGGGCUAAUUUACCUAGGCAGCUGGCACGUUUUUAAUAACACAAAAGGGUCCAGUAUGCACUGGCAGCCAUGCGUUUACCCGAGCCUGCUGUCUAGGGCCUCCCCUCCCCUCCUCCACUCCUUCCUUUCUCCCCUCCACUCCCAGGCCGGCCCCAGAAGGAGUUAACCUGGAGAAAGUGUGGCCGUGCCGCUGGAAUCCAGGGCCAAAAAUUGAUAAGCUGCGCACUUACACCGCUCGCCUUGCAGCGCAUCAAAGGAUUAUGUGGAAUUGUCAGGAUAGGGAGUAACAUGACUCCAGAGCAGUAAUCCUACCUGGAUUAGACUGCGGGGGGAAAAGGUAGAGGGGAGGAAUCAUCCCAGAGUUGUGGCGGUUUCCUCCAUUGCUGGGAUUUUGGUAGUAUAUACGCGGGUGAGCGCCUGAACAAUGUCCUGUUGUCCACUGAAAGCAAAAGGGGGAAACAGACGUUUUGAAAGGUAUGCCAUCCAAUAACAUGUCUAAUUACACCAGUGGAAUGAAUUCAUGCCAAACACCUAGGAAACCAUGAGACAAACAUCAACCCCAUCCUGUGUUCAACAACACUCCCAGUGUUCUGUACAUAUUGUUAGAACCCAAAGUCGAAAGUCUGCUUCCAAAGCAUAACUGGUCAUCCAUAUUUUAAUUGGGACAAGAUAACGCACUAGUAAGGCCUAACUACAGAAUAACAAAUAUUUACAUUCCAAAGACAGGAAAAACAUUUAAAAUGAUCUGUCUCCCUCAAACAGGGAAUCAUAACAUUCAUGGAACUUGGAAUACCACACACGUUGUGUGAAGCUUCCAGGAAAGUUGAGGUAUUAUAUCUCUGCUAGCUGUGGCUGUUAUAGAAACCUGUUUGUUGAGCGUCACGUGACCCACCCCAGAGAUGACCCACCCUCUCCCCCAGUGUUACUGCACUUCAAUACACUGUUCAACUUCAAAGACAAGUUGGAGUGAGGUGUGAAAGACAUUUCUGCUAGUUCCCCUUUAAGACUUUGCACUCUGAGUCUUAUUGGGUGGCUUGACUUGUGCUUUGCCCCUUUUAAAAAAAGGUCUAGCUGCAGUUUCUAUAUCCAUUUUUGGACUUACAAAUUGAUAUGUACCCAUUUGAUUCUUGAAGAAUAUAACAUAUAAAUUCCAUCUUAGCUUAACUGUAGUACCCCAUCAGAACUUAAAAUAUGAGCUUGUUUUACGCCAAUGUUUGUUUACAAACACUGUAUAGCCUCAACAUGGUUAACUAUCAUUUUGAUGGCAUUCUUUACAUCCCUAGCUCUGUCUGUGAAUUUGACUUAACAUUUCUCCAGCCUUAUCGCUCAGCUUUUUACUGAAACCGUGGUGGGAACAACUUAGUCACACGGUACAAAUGUCCAAUAAAGAAUGCUGGGUGUAAAGUGAACUCAAUCCACCCCAUGAGUUUGUCAGCCAUGUGGUCAGAGCAGUUUAGUGAACCAGAUUAUCUUCCAUCUCACCUUUUUCCCUCCUCAAAAGCGACACCAUUUCUCUGUGGUGUCAUUCUGCCAGUCCCCCUCAGUGUGCUGCCUGCAAUGUACCCAGUUUUUCUUUAUAUUAGGAGAGGGAGGAAGUCAGUCGCUCCACCAGCUGUAGGAAGCGAGGGACUGAAUUUCAGGAAUGAAUCAAGUGGACUCCCCUCCAGGGCAGCAGCCCCAAUCCCUAGCCCUAACCCAAUCUCCGUCUGCACUCUCUGCUCCACACAGGAAGGGCUCGAGAUGGGAACCACAUCGUACAGGAAGUCUUUAUUUUAAGAGCUCCAAUACUCUACAUUAUUAUGGCCGUCACCUGGCAGAAUGUCUAAAUACAAAUCUACACGUCAGCCGAUAACUGCUGAAUGGGCCUAAGUUUGCCUUAACUCGAGCAAUUCAAAGUCAUCUGGAAGAGCACAGGAUCUUAGAAGUACCAAGUUGCCAUUAUGUUAAAUACUUGCUUUGAACAGCACAUAAAGGUGUACUGGUGCCUUUUGUGCUCAAUUCCUGUAGGGUUGUGUGCUUGUGGUCAACAUCUUGUUUUCAUCCAGAGCAGGCCAUUUAAAAAAUGUUUUUGAUACUGCGUGUCUGAACCACUUCAGUUUGUCUCCCACCAAAAUGAAGACCUAGGGUGGGUUGGUUGGUUGCAUGGACUGAAUUACACCCACGUGAACCCACUGAUACCUCCAUGCAAGCUGAUCUGCGUAGCGUUUGGUUUCUCCUGGAGCAGAAUAUGCUCACCAAGUCACGUAGUAGUGGCUGCCAUAAGAUGCCACACUCCAGAAUUUUCGGUCAGACGGAAAUAUAUCCUGGAGCUGACACCAGUUUGCGGAGAAAAAAGAAAAAGAAAAAAAAGGCUCUAUUUUCAGAGGCACAGUUUUGUGUAAUGGUAAUGCCGGGUAGUCUAGGAUUUGUCGAGUGUAAUUGCAGUCUUUUCUGAAAUAAGCACAGUUCACUUCCCAGGAAGGAACAUUCGGUUUCAGUUCUCUCUUUCUGCACCGUAAAAGAGUGAAGCAUGCUUUGGCACCACUCCUUACAUCCGUGUACUUCAGUUUCCUCCCUCUCUGCAAUGCAACACUUGUGACCAGGAAUCGCAUACUGUCACAUUUUAUUCAUUUUUAAACGUGAUACAAAUAAGGAUUUAUUUGCUGUCUCCCACAGAUGUUUUUCCUAGAUGGAGAUAUUCAGUCAUGCUCCAUGGUUAAUGGUAAUCUAUGAAAAUCAAUAGUUUGUCUGUUUGCAGUUUGGACUUCUCUUGGUUUGAAAUGUCUCCAUGAUUUGGCUUUAAUACACGCAGCAAGAACGUCUUGAAAUUAGUACUCAACAAAUAUUAUGUGAAGGGUCACUGUCAGUGCAAUGUAUCCAGUUGUCAGAAACCUGGUCUCACCUGUUAUUUUUUUAUUUACCCAAGGUUAUCAAGUACUAGAUUGCAUAACUCUUAUUGAUGCCUACAGCAUCUAUGGGGUGUGAGUGGAUGCGUGUCUUACAGAACAAGAGCCCGAGGAUAAAUCAAACUCUGUUGCUCAUACUUGGCACACUGAGGAUGCCUAUUAGUUGCCAGUUCCUACCAUUUUGCCCUUGAGCAAAUCACCCUACUGCGCCAGGUGAUUGACGUGGACGGCUCCAACAGGGUGACCCUGCUGGAGGACAAGCUUCCCCACAUCUUUGGCUUCACGCUGCUGGGCGACUACAUCUACUGGACGGACUGGCAGAGACGGAGCAUCGAGAGGGUCCACAAGACCGACGCUAUCCGAGAGAUCAUCAUCGAUCAGCUGCCUGACCUUAUGGGUCUCAAGGCCACCAGAGUCACAGAGACUUCCGGCACGAACGGCUGUGCGGAAGACAACGGCGGCUGCAGCCACCUUUGUUUCCACCGGCCCCAGGGCCUGCGCUGUGCCUGUCCCAUGGGCCUGGAGCUGCUCAGUGACAUGAGGACGUGCGUGGUGCCCGAGGCUUUCCUGCUCUUCACCAACCGGGCUGACAUCCGCUCCAUCUCUCUCGGCACAAACUCUAACGACGUGGCCAUCCCCCUCACCGGGGUCAAGGAGGCCUCCGCCCUCGACUUUGACGUCUCCGAGAACAGGAUCUACUGGACUGACGUUAGCACCAAGACCAUCAGCAGGGCCUUCAUGAACGGCAGCUCUGUGGAGCAUGUGAUAGAGUUUGGCCUGGACUACCCAGAGGGCAUGGCAGUGGACUGGAUGGGCAGGAACGUGUACUGGGCCGACACCGGGACCAACCGCAUCGAGGUGGCCCGGCUGGACGGACAGUACCGGCAGGUCCUGGUGUGUAAGGACCUGGACAACCCUCGCUCCCUGGCCCUCGACCCCGCCAACGGUUACAUGUACUGGACUGAGUGGGGAGGCAAGCCCAGGAUCGCCAGGGCCCACAUGGACGGCAGCAACAUAGUGACCCUAGUGGACAAAGUGGGCAGAGCAAAUGGCCUCACCAUCGACUACAUUGACCAGAGACUGUACUGGACCGACCUGGAUACCUGCAUGAUAGAGUCAACCAACAUGCAAGGUCUGCAGAGGGAGAUAGUGGCUGACGACCUCCUCCACCCGUUUGGUCUGACCCAGUACCGGGAUUAUAUCUACUGGACAGACUGGAAACUGCGCAGCAUCGAGCGGGCCGACAAGCGCAGCGGCCUCAACCGCACCAUGGUCCAGGGACACCUGGAGUACGUCAUGGACAUCCUGGUCUUCCACUCCUCCCGCCAGGACGGUGCCAACGACUGCUCCCAGAACAACGGCAACUGUGCCCACCUGUGCCUGGCGUCGCCCGCCGGCGCCCAGUGCCGCUGUGCCUCCCACUACACCCUGGAUUCCAACGGCAGAAACUGCAGCUCCCCCUCCAGCUUCCUCCUGUUCAGCCAGAAGGCCUCCAUCAGCCGCAUGGUUCUGGGGGAGCAGAGCCCCGACAUCAUCCUGCCCAUCCACGUCCUCCGCACCGUCCGGGCCAUCAGCUAUGACCCCCUGGACCACCUGGUCUACUGGGUGGAUGGAAGGCAGAACAUCAGGAGGGCCCGCGACGACGGCACACAGUCAUCAGUGGUGGUGUCCACCACUUCCACCCACCAGCAGCAGCCUGACAAGCAGCCCCACGACCUGAGCCUGGACCCCUACAGCCGUACUGUCUACUGGACUUGUGAGGCCACCAACACCAUCAACCUCCAGCGCCUAGACGGAGAUGCUGUGGGCGUGGUGCUGAGGGACGAGCACGACAAACCCAGAGCCAUCGUUGUCAAUGCAGAGAAAGGGUACAUGUAUUUCACCACCAUGCAGGAUCGCUCUGCUAAGAUCGAGGGAGCGUCUCUGGACGGGACGGAGCGGGAGUCUCUGUUCACCACGGGUCUGAUCCGGCCUGUAGCCCUGGCCCUGGACAACAAGCUGGGGAAACUCUUCUGGGUGGACGCUGACCUGAAACGCAUCGAGAGCAGUGACCUCACUGGAGCCAAUCGGAUCGUCCUCCAGGACUCUAACAUCCUGCAACCCAUGGGUCUGACGGUGCUGGGAGAGCACCUGUACUGGAUCGACAGACAGCAGCAGAUGAUCGAGCGUGUGGACAAGCUCACGGGGGAGAAGAGGACCCGCAUCCAGGGUCGAAUCUCCUACCUCACCAGCAUCCACGCUGUGGAAGACAUGGACCCUACCGAGUUUGCUUCUCAUCCCUGUUCCCGUGACAACGGAGGCUGCUCACACAUCUGCAUCGCCAAAGGAGACGGGACGCCUCGCUGCUCCUGUCCCAUGCACCUGGUCCUGCUGCCCAACCUGCUCGUCUGUGGAGAGCCGCCCACCUGUUCCACAGAGCAGUUCACCUGUGCCACAGGCGACAUCGACUGCAUCCCCAUGGCGUGGCGCUGUGACGGCUUCGCCGAGUGUGACGAUAACAGUGACGAGGAGAGGUGCCCAGUGUGCUCGGCCUUCCAGUUCCAGUGUGACAAGGGCCAGUGUGUGGAUGCUCAGCUACGCUGUAACGGAGAGGCAGACUGCACAGACAACUCCGAUGAACAGGACUGUGACACUAUCUGCCUGCCCAACCAGUUCCGCUGUAACAACAACCAGUGCAUCCUGAAGAAACAGCAGUGUGACUCCUACAGCGACUGUGCUGACAACUCUGACGAGCUCUUCUGUGAAUUCCUCACCCCCUCGUCAAACGACAUUCACUCAUCUCACACCAGCACCAUAGGCCCUGUCAUUGGCAUCAUCCUGUCCGUGUUUGUGAUGGGAGGGAUGUACUUUUUGUGCCAGCGGGUCGUGUGCCGCCGUUACAAAGGUCCCAACGGAGCCUUCCCCCACGAGUACAUCAGUGGCACCCCCCAUGUACCCCUCAACUUCAUCGCCCCUAGCAGCUCACAGAACGGAACCUUCACCGGUAAAGAAGGUAUCUCGUGUGGGAAGUCUAUCAUGAGUUCUGUCAGUCUGAUGGGUAGCAGCAGUAGUGGAACUCCGCUCUACGACAGGAACCAUGUGACAGGGGCCUCCUCCAGCAGCUCAUCCAGCGCCAAGGGAGCCUUCUAUCCACAGAUGCUCAACCCUCCUCCCUCUCCAGCCACGGAUCGCUCCCUGUAUAACGCAGAUGUCUUCUACUCCUCUAACAGUCCCUCCACCACCAGGUCUUACAGGCCUUAUCUUAUGCGAGGCGUGGCACCCCCCACCACCCCCUGCAGCACUGACGUCUGUGACAGCGACUACACCACAAGUCGCUGGAAGAGCAACAAGUACUACAUGGACCUUAACUCAGACUCUGACCCCUACCCUCCUCCCCCCACCCCCCGGAGCCAGUACCUAUCAGCAGAGGAGAGCUGCCCCCCUUCUCCAUCCACAGAGCGCAGUUACUUUCACCUCUGUCCCCCGCCCCCCUCACCCUGCACUGACUCUUCAUGACACCCGGGGAAAUGGCCAUGUCUGUAAAUAAUUUUAAAUAUGAACAAAUUAGAUAAUUCUAUUUUAUUCAUUUCCACUGGUUGCCAUGGGUUAAAGUGGGGAUGGGAUGGAAUAGGGCCAGAUCAAGUGUGAAAUUGUUGUACAGUGUGAAAUGUAUCACUUUUCUUUAUCUUUCAUGUUUCCCCACCCUCGUUUCAGAUGGAGUGUCAUCCUAAUUUAGAGAAUACCUUCAAUUUGACUCCAUUCUAUUGGCCUUUGUUUUUUCAGCUAAAUACUUUAGAACUCCCUUCAAACAACAGCUACCUAUUUACGGUGACAUUUUUAACAAGCGGACACCAAUAUUGGUUUGGAAGUACUCUAUUCAAAAAUAUUAAGCUGGUAAUGUGGCCAGCCAAAAUAAAAAAUAAUAAAAAUAAAUAAUUAUAUUGUAAAUAUUUGUAAUUAAGUAAAUAAUUGUUUUCAUAACAGCCAUAUGUUCUUAUUAAUGAUUUUAUUUGUGAUUUGAAAUUGUCCCAAGCUUAUGUUUAUUUUACAAUAUACCAAAAGUGUGUUUGCUGCUACUGUACAUAUAUACUGAGUUAUAAAAACACUUAAAAAAAAAUUACAAUAUAAAAUUACAAUAUAUUAAGACUGACAAUAGAUCAUGAAGCUAUUUGACUUUUAAUUAUUUGUCUAGGAACAUUGCAAUUCUUUUUUUGUGUGUGUAGAACAGUAUUCACAUGUGCAUUUGUGAAAUUGUGUUCAUUGUUUUGAAGGAGUCUGUAUGAAAUCACUCAUAAGAACGGCUUCAUCAUUGAUGCAGUUGUCACCCAGAAAUGACAAGGCUAGACACAACCAUUUAACUCUCUCUUGAAUCUCUUCACUUUAUCAUUAAACUGAUAUGCCAUGUCAGUGUGCCCUAAUUACAUAUGACAUAUUAGACUGACUGUUCCUUUUAAAAAAAAAA